AUGGACGCCGGCGUGUGUCUGUCGCUGUUUGCCCAGUGCAAGGAAGAUGCCAUUGUCGAGUAUGUCGUGCCUUUUGUCACGCAGAAUCUUGGCAAUGGGGACUGGAGGUAUCGUGAGGCUGCUGUGAUGACAUUCGGGUCCAUCCUUGAAGGACCGUCGAAUGAGAAGUUGAAGCCUAUGAUGGAUGAAGCGUUGCCUGUGCUGAUGAAUUUGAUGUCACAUAUGAGCAUCCAACUGCAAAAUACAGUACGACGGCUUGGACCCUGGGUAGAAUAUGUGAAGACUCGGACUGAUGAACGGUUUGUCGCCGUCAACGUUCGUUGGGCCUUGAAAAGCUUGAGCUUUGCCGCGUACAUGGCCGUCCAAACCAGUGAUGAAGAGAGCAUUGAGCCGGAUGCUAUUCCCUUGUCGCCGUUUUUCCACGUUUUGAUGCAGAAACUGUUGUGGACAACCGAACAAGCCGAUGGCGCACAGUGCGGCUCCGAGAUGUGGACGUAA